AUGGUCAAUCGAGGGGCCUCGCAAGGCUGCGUCACAUGCCGACAGCGCCGUGUCAAGUGCGAUGAGAGAAAGCCUUGGUGCAAGGCGUGUCUUCGCCUCGGCAUUGAGUGCACGGGCUAUGAGAAGCGCGGGCUGAGAUUCAAGGACGAGACUGUUCGGUAUCGAGCGGCUUCAGCCGCUGUUACGCGCGUCAGCAAACGUGCGAAGCAAUCAUCACUUGAGAGUACGAUUGUUCGGUUACCAUCAGAUCACCCGCAAGAUCUUGCUGUACCAUUCUUUCUGACAUAUGUUACCGAUGUGGGUCGAAGUCUGGAAUCGACAAGAGGUUUCUUGGAGUUUGUCCGUCCUGCUCUGGCGUCUGAGCGACAUGAUUCAGCUUUGAGCACUGCGGUGACAGCUACGUCAAUCAAAAUCUGGUCCAUGAUCGGUAAACUGGCCCCUUCGAGUCCCCUUUCUUACCAGCUCCUGGUGAAAGCUUUGAGUCGGCUUCACCAAGCGACCGAGGAACCUGUGGAGAGAGGUCGCGACGAGACCGUGUUGGCGGCUCUAGUCCUCCAAAUGCAUGACACCCUUUCAGCUGUAUCAGGCCAAUCCAGAGCUCAUGGCGCGCAUCGAGAGGGGGCCUUGACCUUGUUAUUGCAGCGAGAAGACUGUUUCAAGAACUCCAAGUACUAUGCUCAUCUUGUUGGCAACCUUCUCCACUCUAGGGUAUCCGUUUCGGUGAGGAACAGAACACGACUACCGACGAAGGAUCUUGAGUGGAUCGAGACUGAGGUUGCUCCAAUCCUGCCGAGUAAUCCCAGUUCAUCUCUUGAUAUGAUCGGAAUAUCUGUCGCAGAUCUUCAACAUGCAUCUGCAAUUUAG